GGAGCUCGCCGCACUCCUCUCUGUUUGCAGCAUCCCUGGAGCAGCCUCUGUUGAGUGAAACACAAGAAAGGGCAAGACGGGGGGAGCAGAUCCGUGGAGGCAACCGGAAAACGGGAAGGGGAUCUCGUGGAGGCUGCCGGGAUAGGGUUACACUGGUGUGUGGAGUCCAUCUUUGCAGAAGAUGGCUGUUUAGUCAAUGUAAACAGCCUGUGCAAUACCUGCAUUGCUAAAGGGGGAAGCAGCAGAAGAGGAGGAGGAGAAGGAGGAGGAGGAGGGGCAGCCGCUGGAGGAAAUGCUGCCUCUUCCAAUGAAAUUUUCCCCUCUCUAGCUAACCCCGGCCUGCUGCAGAUCACCUCUCAAGUCAUGCAUGUUGUAUGUUAAGUUUUAGGUUUUAUUUCCCUGAUCACAUGGCCGAAGCAUCACCAAUGCCCCCGCAGACCUCACACCAGAGGGAAGACACCUGUGUCGACCAUGACACGCACUAGAGGCUGAGAGCGACGCGACAGCAUCCACACACAGACCGAAAAUACAUCCUUCAGUUGAAACUGCAACACCUGACCAUGGCUGUAACUGCAGCUCAGACAACUACAAGUUUUCUCUCCACAACUGCCACAGCCACCGCAAUCCCCUUCCUCUCCACGAGCAAGAGCGUCAGAGACAAUGUCACCUCCCGGACGACAUUAAUGACUGUUACUAUAACAACAAACGAGACCAGCUUCAAUGCCACAACGUUUCCGGAGGCGGUGAUCGAGGGCUCAGGGAUGGGAAUGGUGUUCGUGCCCUUUGGCAUCAUCACUGUCAUUGGCUUGGCAGUGGCCAUUAUGCUGUAUAUUCGGAAACGGAAGCGGUUGGAGAAGCUGAGGCACCAGCUUAUGCCCAUGUACAACUUUGACCCGGCUGAAGAACAAGAUGACCUGCUGGAACAGGAACUACUGGAUCACGGCCGGGAAGGCAGCCUCACAGGUCCCAAUGCCAAGUUUUGACAAUGGCAUAAUGGUAAAAGGCAAACAUGACUCUCACAACCUCCCAGGGGACCACGCAGAGGCCCAGUCGUCUGGUCUUCACAGAUGUAGCCAAAGCUCUCAACGCUUAACAGAUCUCUUCCAUUAGUUGACUGCAGUUUUUGGGGGCUGCUGGCCUCAUCGAGAUACAGACUGGGCUUUUCUCAUUUGUCUGUUUCGUGCCUCCUUGUGUCCUGACUCCUCCAUCCUCCAGCCUAUAACUCAGCAAUUGAUCUUCUUGAAGAAUGUCUCAAUUCCUAAGAUGCAUCCUGAGGAGAGAGGAGGCUUCCCUGAGGAGCUAUGAGCGAGGAUGCACAGGUGCAUCCUGCGCAAAAGUCUUUUCAGCACCCCUGACAUCUAAAAGAGGCGGGACCGGCAUGACAAACAGCCGAUGAUGCGGCUGUGCCAUCCAUCAUAUUUAGGCCCUGUCUACAUGAAUACAGAUAUUUUUGAAAACUGAUAUUUCCCCCCCUUCAUGAAAAAAAAACUGACUAUACAAACUUUGUUUCAAGACAUUUCCAUCCCAUUAGAAUGCAAAAACGAUUACAGGCGUGUUGGCUAUCUUCCGUUAUCUCCCUUCGUGACAAAGCUAAUAAGAUGUAUAGGCUUCCCUUUCGAAAACACCCAACAGAGGUCUCAUCACUGUCGAUUCCCCUUCAAUAUAAGGAAGAUGGAGCUCACUCAAGAAAAAGAGUGAUGCUCUGGACAUGCUAAAGUUUUCCUUCCACUCAUUGACUACAAUCCCACUCUCGAAAAUGUACCACCAUCUUCUCGUUUAACCGGACUUGACCCAAAACGGUGGUGGCCUUUAAAUGGCGGACAGUGAGGUGGAGCAAAUGACACUGGCCGCAGCAGAUGGCAGAUGGUUCAGGAAUACUAAGUUUUAGGUAAAGUGAGUCAUUAGAGCAAACAGUGCCAACAAAACGUAAAAAAUCAUUUCCCCAAAGUAUUUGAAAUGUCAACACAAAUACAAAAUGACCUUUUUUUUUGCUUUGUUUUUUUUAAAUCUGCACCGUUGAAGGUGUUGGUAAAAGACAUAGGAGAAAAUAUCAGAUUCCAAAAAUAUCUGUAUAUGUGUGGCCAUAAUUGACAUCACUUUAAAAUGAGGGCUCCGUAGUAUGGAUGUCUCAUUUUGUUAAAUGCCUGUUGCCUCAACUGCUCUCUCCUCCAUCUCUUCCUUAGCCUCCUCUGCUCGUAUCUCAGGUGGGACUAAGACACGAGGAGAGGAGGUGAGGAAAGGAAUCGAGGACAUGAAAACCGUGAAAUGAGAAAAGCCCACUGUCUCUCAGGAAGGAACACAAAGGGAAAACUGGACUGUUUUUGGGAACAACUGGAGCUUUGGUGAACGUUUUAAUCUCUACGACACAGACAGUCUGGCAAAAAAAACAAAAACGUAGGGUGCAUGUAUGAUAAGGGAGCACAACGGGAGGCAUCACGUAUGAUCUUGCACUGUUACCGUUUGGCGCACAAAUGCAGUGUGAUGCACUUUUCUUGAAUCAUGUUGUGUCAUUGCUGUUAAAAUGUUUGGUAGCUUGUCAGUGAAGUUCAUCUGAGCUUCAAUAUCUCUGUCCAUGUUUGAUGAGAGAGAAGUGUACAUUUGUGUUAUUAUACUGAUUUUGUGGUCUUUCGUCUCUGACAAGCUUGAACUCUGGAUGUGUUACCAUCCUUAAGUGAACUGUUCCUCUCCAUUUUGUUUCUUCUUCACUGAGCAAUGAAGGAUUGUUUCCGUCUGUAUACAUUAAAACUAUUUAA